AUGGACGAACUUCCAGAGCAGGUACUGGUGGAGUUCCGCGCAGGUCGCGCGUACCUGGACAGUGGUUUGGUGCACUCGGACGGCCGCAAGGGCUGCGUCCGUGUCGUGCGAGCCGCGGACGGCCUCGUGCACUUCCAGUGGCUCGACCGCGCAACCCGUGCAAUCGAGGAGGACCUGAUCGUGUUCCCCGGCGACGCGAACUGGCGGCGCGUGCACGCCUGCCGGACUGGUAGAAUGUUCGUCUUGGGCUUUGCGUCGUCGGAUCUACAGCUGUUCUUUUGGCUGCAAGAGCCUCGCUGCGACGCGGACGUGCGGCUGGCACAGCGGCUGCGCAACGCGCUCGAGUGUCGUCCCCUGGACGACCCUGCUGGCUUGGAUCACGCAGAUGAGGUGCGGCUCAGCGACGCAGAGUCCCGACCUGGGCCAGGCCUCAGCUCGCAGGUACCUGACGGCGCGACGCGUCCGUCGUCCGCCGCGCUUGGGCAGUCGCUCGUAGACGCGCUGCAGCGUCUGGGGGCCAGCGCUGCUUCCGAUGCUGUGCAUGCUGCGGAUGACGCAAGUCGACAGCCGCAGGCGCGCGCCGAUGAUACGCCUGACCUCGGGGCGCUUCUGCGCUGGGGCCCCGCGCUGGAGCGGCUUCUCCGCGAGCCGGGCCUCGGACCUGCAUCCGCUGCCCUGUGCCGCGAGUACCUGCCAUCCAGCAUCGACCUGGAGAGCGUGCUGCAAUCUGCCGCGUUUCGGCAGCAGCUGGAGGCGCUUUCGACUGCGCUGAGACGCAGCCGCGGCGAUGCUGGUCCCCUGUUCGCAGCGUUUGGCAUCGAGCCACCACCAGCGGGCGACUGGCGGCACGAUCUGGAGGCGCUGCUAGAGGCGCUGCGCCUUCGCGCUGAGGAGUCUGCGCGCAGUCGUUCUGAGGGCCCAGCGCCAGAAUCACGGCAUGGUGGUGGUAGAUAA